UCUCCGUAGCGCGUGUCAUAUGAAGACCUCCAACAGAUCAGUUCUUCGGCGGAGCUCCGCCAACAUGCCUCGCGAGUGGAGUGGCCUUCCUGUGGCCGUGUUGUGUGCCUUUGGAGUCAUUUUUGCUGAUGCAGCCUGCUGGUUCAACUCGGAACUCCACGACGAAGGCGUCGAGGUGUCCACCACCGAGCCUUGCCUCAACUGCACCUGCAGCCGGGGCACGCUUUUGUGCUACUUGCGCGUCUGCCCCCAGCUGCCCAACCCGCCGCCCGCCGGCUGCAUCCUCCUCCAUCGCUACCACACCUGCUGCCCUGAACUCAUCUGCACAGACAGUUUUGAAGGCAGCAACGGCUUGGAGGCGCGCUCCGAACCGAACGAGGAAUUCGACCUGGGGGACCCCAAGGCACUGGUCGGAAAUGCUUGUGUGGUCAAUGGGAGUGUUUAUGGGCCGGGAUCGGCAAUGGAUUCCUCCACUUUUUGCGAAUAUUGCUACUGUCUGAGAGGAAAACAGAUCUGUGUUAAGCCCAAGUGUUUGCUUCCGGUUGAUGGGUGUGUGCCCAUGUAUGAGGAGACCAACUGUUGUCCAGUGCACUAUAAUUGCACGUAUGACACACCUAGCACUAGCACCACGACCGUGCAAACCACUCAACUGGAGCUCAAUCAAGGUGGUUGCAUGGUGGAUGGGGUUUAUUACAAAGAAGGGGGCAAAGUUCUCGGAAUCGGUUAUUCCGUCUGUGAUAAUUGUUACUGUUUACGUGGAAUUUUACGGUGUGAGCCCUUAUCAUGUGCCCCUCCACUUUUUGGGUGCACUCCGGUGAUAAGGCCUGGAGAAUGUUGUGCCGCUAGUUACAAUUGCAGUGGUACCAUUGAAAUUCAACCGGAACCCAACUACGGCCAUUAUCCCAUCAUCAGUAAAGACUACGCAAAAUUCCGGAAGGAAGUCCAUGACAAGAACAGCGUGACAGUACCAACCAUCAAGAACCAACGAACUCAUGGCUCGACUCGACAUUUCACAGGUCCAGCUUUCAGCUCUAGUACCGUAAAACCGUUCUUUUACAACUCGAUUACGACACAAGGGUCGAAAAUUUUGCCGAAAGUUGAUCAAAAUUCGCUCGAUGAUCGAUUAAAUCGUAGAGUGGAAACAAUUGAAACGACUGAAAUGACUUCAACUGUUGAUACAACAACCAUGACUGAAGUGUUCAGUACUGAAACGACCGAAACGACUGAAAGUGAAUCUACGACUGAAUUUACGACAACUGAGUCGUUUCCAAUCACUUUAAAAACUGUGCUUAAUUCGACCGAUUGUACGAAUUUGAACGAAAAAAGUGAUAGUUUUGAACUGGUUGAGACUACGACGCUUCCAACGACUACAAGUGUUGAUUUGGAAAAACAGGAAACUGUAAUUUUCACCACCAAAAUUCAUACACAAAAUACGACUCCGGCCCUAGAUCUUGCUCUCAUUUACAACAUUACGAAAAGUAAAGAUCCGGAUUAUGAGUAUGACUACAGCGAGCCCUCGCUACCCCCAUCUCUACCAAAUUUAAGAAUCAUCCCCUUCGUCGCAGCGGACGCCCUCGACUUGGAAAACGAAAAACACAACGUAAUCCACCCCCAAGAGCGUGUCACCGAUAUCUCACACACUUACAACCUGUUCUCACCCCCUGUGGAAACAGAGGGCGGAUUCAUCCCCAAACAACCCCCGAUUUUGGACAAUUUGUAUGACGAAAUUGUCACAACAACAACGACAAUUUCGCCACAAUUGCGUGAAAUUACUUGCAUUCUGGACGAACAAGAAAUCAAUCAUGGAGAGUCAAUAGUUUCCGAAACAACAUGCAACACUUGUGGCUGUUUUUACGGCAACAUUGUGUGCCAGAAAACCAUCUGUCCUAUACCGAAAAUCGACUGCCAGAAGUUUUUAUUACAAGAUCCGACUACGUGUUGCCCACUUUUUGCAUGUGACAAUGAGCUCCCGACUGUGGUCCUGGACCGCAUGGACUCGCCGGAAACGGUGACUCCGGACCCGUUCCGGGACGUGAUCCGAACCGAGCCCGCCCCCAACCUCCAAUCGCUGAUUGUGGACGUUUUAAAGCGCAAAACAACCACCGAAAAACCGUUCAGUUUGGACAAAGUCUUGCAAUUGUUGUUCUCAACCGAGGAAGAAGUUACAACAACGACGAGUACAACAACAACUUCCACAACAACACAGCGACUUUCGACGACCGAAUUCGACUCAAAUACGGUCGACUCCAGCACUUCAAACGUCGGAAUUUUGAAACUGGCGGGCUGUAAUAUUUACGGAAGGAUGUAUCGGGUCGGAAGGAUAAUCUCCGAAUUGUCGAAUCCUUGCUUGGAGUGCAGGUGCACUGAGACCGGGGUGCAAUGUCGGCCUUUGAAAUGCUAGAUCUCACUCACUUUAUACCUAAGAAAGUCCAGCAGAAAGGGUUCAAAUCAAAAUAAUAGUUUUUGAAAAAAAUUGCGAAAACGUGGAGUCAACGAAUAUUUUUCAACCUCGAGAAUUAGUUUUACAGACUUUUAUUUACAUAAUUUUACUAAAAAUGUUCUUUUGUUUGUUAUUUUUUUUAUUGAAAUUAACAGAGAUAAGCUGAGUGGAAGUAGCUAAAGUAUUUUGAUUUAAAGGCUUAGUGACUGGACUAAAAUACGUAUUUGUUCACGUAUUGUAGUAUUAAUUUAAUUCAAUUUAAUUUAACUCUCACAACCGCAAUCACCUUGACAGGUGCCAAGUACAAAUUUCUAUUUGCCAUGGAACACGUUCAGAUAUUCUGCCGAUAUUUCAUUACAUCUAAUUUAGUUUUUAAUUAUUUUGGUUAAUUAUUACGUGUGUGAUAUUGGUCUUGUAGGAUUUUUUUACCAAAAAUUUAAACGAAUUUUUUAAUUGUUUUGAGCGGAUAAUAAGGUGAAAAAAUGUAGGUAAACUGUAGGAAAUAUCAGACAAUUUUUAUACACUGCAAUUUGAGGCUAUUCAACCAACUUACGUUUUAUGUAAUUAUUAAAAAUAAAAAUCAAAGAAAUG